AUGUAUAAUCAAGAGAAUAAUGCUAGUGGCGACUUCGAAGUUGAUGAGCAUGCGGAACGAUCAGAAGCUGUUUGCUCAUGCUGUUUCGACCUAAACGCUACUCUUGUUGAUUCAGACAGUGCUGACGUCAAACUUGAUCAAAGCGAAUUCGUGCUAUCGAUACUUCGCAAUGCUGCACAACUCAGGGCAGCCGCGGCUAGCGGUUGUGAAAGCUGCACUGUUAUGAUCAGAGCUCUCGAAUUCCAGAAUCUGAUACCCGCAGAAUCGUCUCCUUUCGGUCUUGAAGCACCGAAAGACUCCAACCUGCUAGGUCAAAGUAAUGAUAGAAGUGUCCGAGUGAGACUCAGACUUCCAAUUAGCCAGGGAAACCCAGAGAUAUCGCUUAGUAGUCCUGGUCUACCACAGAGAUUUCUUCAGUUUUACACCGACGAGGCUCAAGGACGAUCAUGGAAGACCAUUAUACCUAUGCCAGAUAUUUGUAAUGAUAACUUAUCAAGGCAAGGGCUUGCUUUUAUCAACGCUUGUGUCAGGUUUUGUCAAGAGCACCAUAUGCAUUGCCAGCAAGACGACCUCAGUUUACCAACGCGUGUUUUGGAUAUCGGAACCGGUGACGAUACUCGCGUGCGUCUGAUCGAAGCACAACAUAUUGAAAACGCGAAGUACACAGCGCUCAGCUAUUGUUGGGGUAAUGACCCUUCUAUCAAGACUCUGACUGGAAAUCUGAAGGAUAUGAAGUCCGGGAUUGCAUUUGAGAAGUUACCUGCCGCCUACAGGGACGCAAUAGCACUGACCAAACAGCUUGAUGUGAGAUACAUCUGGAUAGACGCUUUAUGCAUAAUCCAAGACUCGCAGAAGGACUGGGAAAGAGAAUGCUCCAAGAUGGCUGACACGUAUACAAACGCCUAUGUCACCAUUGCUGCUGCAUCUUCGUCAUCUGUGACGGACCACUUUCUAAAACCACAGCUCCGUCCGCCACCAGAGAUAUCACACCGCGAAAGGGAGGUUUUCACCGCAAUUCUGUCGGACGCUAGUGGCAAGGAGCAGGUCUUAGUUAAGGCGAGGCUCAUGCAGGCAACCGGCGCCCACUGGCAGUGGCAAGAUUCCGGCAACGAUGAGCAGCCACUCAUAGAGCCUCUCACUCAGCGAGGCUGGACUCUGCAGGAGAAAGUCCUCUCAACGCGGUUCCUUUCAAUAUCUUCAAUGGAGAUGGUUUGGAUAUGCAAAGAGCAGAUAUUUUGUGAGUGCGGCUCAAGAUUCAAUCAUCAUCGCGAGUUUGGUCGCACACCACUGAGUCAGAUUUCCCGACGCGAUGAAGCAUUCAACUUUUGGCACAAAAUUGUUGAAAACUACUCCAAGAGAAAACUCACGCAAUCUGAAGACAGACUCCCCGCGAUAUCUGCCAUAGCGGCCAUGGUGCAGAAGAAGAUAUCGUCAGAGUAUAUCGCUGGGCUAUGGGCUGGCAAUAUUGAGCUUGAUCUUCUGUGGCAUAGAGCUGAGCCAACACGGGCGCCCGCAGCCAGCUCGUGUUACAUUGCGCCGAGCUUCAGUUGGGCUUCGAUUGCGGGCGAAAUAGAUUACAUGUGUUUUAGGAACGGAAAAUGGCCGUAUGAAAAAGCUACAAAGGUUAUUGAGGUCACUUCGGAAACUGGACCUGAUGCGCCGCUUGGGAGACUACGGGUGAUAGAGGGUGGAUCGGGAGUAGCAGUCUGCAGAAGACCCAUCGAGCACGGCAGGGAAGAGCUUAGACGUUUACUAAAGAGGCAAGAUCCGACGGGAAAACACAAGUCGGAGUUUGUGUCUCGGAGGAUCAAGAUUCGUUGCUGGGUGCUGAGACUUGGUGCAUAUUCUAUGGGGAGACGGGGAGAAAAGGAACAUGAGUGGUUGGUAUUGGGUAGGUCAGAGACUGAAACGGAAUGUUUUGAGCGGGUUGGAUGGGGGUUGGUAGAAAAGCAUGAGGAGGAAGAGGUGUUUGCACAAGAGACAACGACGACUAUAGGAUUAGUGUAUCGGAGUAUUCAGGCGAGCGACCAGACGAAUAAGCCCCCGCCACCCGCUGAGAUUGUUAUCACCAAAGUGGAUCGUCAUGCAUAG